CCCAUGAUGAUAUGAAUAAUAUCAAUAUUGACCAAUAUGUAAUGUAACUUGGUGUCAGCGACAAACAUUGACAGGCAAAACAAUUCAACGGUCUUUCGUUCCAAAUUGAUGCUAUUUAAAAAAUGUUUUUUUUUUUUUUUCUUUUGAGUGCCACUAAAGAGAACUCGUACCACACUUUUUGACAAUCACAGCUUGGCUGUGGUCUACGAUCUAUUUCCCUCUUAUCUAAGAAGGCUAAUUUUGCUGUUUUUUGGCAUUUCAGUUGCUCGGACUAGUGGCAAGUAUGCACUCUUUUGAUGGUGAAGUGAAUAGUGUACUAUUCAAUGCACGGACUUCCUUCCCACUUCAACUUUAUACCCCAUAAUGGAUGAUUUUGUAUCCAGUCUGUCCCUUUAGAAGUUUCCCUUCCUCUGGGGAGUCUUGCGAUGAUUUCUGUGCUACUAUUUACAACAUCCACUCGGCCCAUCGUCCUCACCCACAAAUUUCACUAGAUUAGAGUUUUUGAAGAGAAAUAAAAUGGAAAAAAAAAAGAAUGGAUAGGUUUCCAAUUAUGCCAACUUGUGUGUCAUGGAGGUCAAAGAACACAGGUGAUAUUUGAAGCGUGAAGUUUUUUUCUAUCGUUAAUUUAUCCGAUUGGUCUCAGGGUGGUGGUGACGUCAUUGGAAACCUAUUCAUUGGAAAAAGAAAAAAAAAUUGGGGUGGUGGUAUAUCUGGUAGUCACUCCCAUUUUCCCACCCGAAAGGAUAAUAACACCUAUUGUUUACAAACAUUAUGAACUGAGCUAUACUUGUUGACAUUUUUUUUUUUGGGAGGCGGGGAAUAGUGAGCCAUGUGGUUUUCCUACAAAAUAUGUCCGGUGUUUCGAUAAAGGAAACGCGGGAUAUUUGCGGCAAACGCAUUUAUCGUCAACUUAUCUCAUCUCAUUAUACGCCCAUGUUUUGCUCCGCAGGACUUCCUGGUCACGUUAGUGUGCAACCUUCUCGACGAGGGCAUCAGCUGUUUCAAAGAUGGCCACUGGAGCCAGGCAGUGAAGGAGCUCAGCGAAGGCUUGAAUGUUUCUCAGAAGAAUACGAGAAUGGCGUGAAGGAUUGCGACAAAGCUCUGGAAGUGUGUACAAAAAGCCUCAAGGCGCUCUACUUGAAGGCUCUUUGUUUGAAGCAGCUCGGCCAGUACACAGCGGCUUAUGAUUCCACUAGCAAGUGUCUGCUCAUCACGCAUCAGGAUAAACAAGUGAAUGACUUGGCAGAGGAGCUUGCCAACCACCUUGGACUGAAAAAACGAAAGCCCUAUGUCAGUACAACGGUGUCGUGUCUCGGAAAUGUCACAAACCCUUUAAAUCAAAUUCCACCAGUCAGUUUUCCCAGCGUGUGUCUGUGUGCCACCCCUGACAAAGCAUGUAAUGUAGAGCAGUGUGCCACCUCGGAUCUGGACAGACUGGACCCUUUGGAGGACAGUGAGCUGAUUGGCGAUGACUUGGACGAUCUGCUUGACCGUCUCCCUAAUGAACAUGCGCUACCUGAGAGCCACAUUCAGGAAGUAGCCUCACUUUCCAUCAGGGAAAGCACUUUAAUGCCGCCAGUUCAAAUGCGUCCGCUCCCGCCGGGGUUCUUUAUCUCCUCCAUCCCUCAGUUUAACUCCAUGAACUCCCUUUCACUUGGCGGUCACAAGUCACUGGAUACCCUGGAUGACCUUUCAUCUCCACUGGAACUGUACUCUUUAGAUAACCACCCUGGAGGGGCAGAUGGUCCAAGGUUGAAGUCAACAUCGCUGGAUUCCCUGGAUGAUCUUUUGUUGGCGGCUCCACACGCUGUAGCAGUAGAGGCCAACCAGUCCGCAAAAGAACCGAAAGACCGGGAAAAGUCGCUUGAUGAUUUGCUUGAUGAGUGCGCACCUGUAGGUCCAACCUGUGAUCCAUCUGUUCCACUUGGUUCUGUGUCGGGUGUGAACCAACUGGAUUCCCUGGAUUCCUUGGACUCAUCUCCCAUAAUGCAGGCUCCGGGGCCGCCUUUGCCUGCACCCCCGCAGAAGGGAACAAGCCUGGACUCACUCUGCUAUUUCAGCUCCUCUGCUGUCACAACUUCUCACAGUGCCGCUACUUUAAAAAAGGAAUUCCCAAAGUGCAACAACAAAGAGAGGUGUACACCUAUUCCAUUCGCAAACUCCUUGUCGGCCACUCAUGACUUCAUGCAGGCGUGUACUAGUUGCUUCCCUCGCCAAGGUCAAGGAAUAAACACCUUUGUUCACAAACCCGAGCUAGCCCACAACUGUACGCGCGACAUUCUCUUGUGUAGACGAAAGGCAGCGGUUCCUUUGGAGUGGACCAGAGUCCGAGAGCCGCCCACGUGGACGUCCUUCACGGGGCCGUUUGUUCUUUGCAGAGACCUGCUGAAAUCUGGAGAUUUAAACCGCUGUACAUUUGGAGAAAAGUGCACAUUUGCCUUUAACCAACUGGAAAUUGAUGUUUGGAUGGAGGAGAGGAAGGGGACGCUGGACAGAAAUCUGCUGUUUGGACUGCCAGGUGUCAUAAAUGGCGACCCUGCUAACAGGAUUAGAUGCCUCCUACAGGCUCACAAGGGCAUGUUUAUAUUCCUCUGUCAGGAGUGCUAUGACCGUAAACCUCGCUUCAUUAGUAAGCGCUGCAGAGAGGAUCCCGCAGUGUGCUCUAACGAGAAGACUCCCCACCCAUUUGAUGCCAACAAGUGUUUAGCAUUUGUAAUGAUGACCACCAACAUUAACUACAGAAAAGUGCGUCCGCUCAGCGUGCUGGCUCACUUUGAAUUGUGCAGCCAGGCCAUUCGCGACGGAUGCCGAGGAGAGCGCAGCUGUCAGAACGCUCACUCGGUCAUUGAGCUGCAAACGUGGAGUCUGCAGUCCGACACAGGAAUCAGUGCUGAAGAGAUUGUUAAAGUCUCAACAAACUAUCACGAGGAAGAGGAGCAGAAAACAGGAAAUGGGAGGUCAAGUAAAGCUGCUGCAAAUGGUGAGGGCACGCCGAAAGGCAAGAGUUUAAACAUGAAGAUGAAGUUUGUCUGUGCCGAGUGCCUGCGAGGCGGCGUCAUCACUAUGCCGGACAAGGCGCUUAAGUUUUGUGCUACUAGGGCCAAGCACCCGUGGAGAAAAGAAGAAAACACAUUGCUGGUGAAGUCCUUGGAGAAGAGUAAUUGGGUUCCUGUGAGACCGCUCCCACAUAAAAAAAACUUCCCCAAACAAUAUGAAUUGUGCACCCGGAUGUUGGAGAAAAAGAAAUGUGACUACAGCGAAAGUUGCCCCUUUGCACACAGCAAAGAGGAAAAGGAAAUGUGGAUGUACAUGAAGAAUCAAGGCGUUUACGAGAUGCAGCAAAUGUACGACAUGUGGCUGACAUUGAGCGCAAACAGUCGCCAAGCGAACCAAGCCGUGCUCCGACAAUCCACCCCGGGAGAAAACGAAAUUGUCAUGCCAGCAGACAAUGCUGAACCAAUGUGUGGCGUCUACUGUUAUCUGUGCGGGAAGUACAGUAAUGGCGAGCGACAGUGGCAACAACACAUCUCCACUAACAAGCACAAGGAGCGCCUGUUCACUUAUGAGGGAGAAUAUGAAGCUUUGAGCUGGAACUACCGCUUCCCUGGUGCAUCCUUUGAGCUCUGCACUAAGUUAGAAAGUGGCUGCCCCGACGGCGUAAGCUGCGACUUCGCCCACAGUUCCGAGGAGCUGGAGGAGUGGCUUGAGAGGCGGGAUUUCCUGCGUUUCAAAUUGGCCAAAGCGAGGGAGGACAAGCUUAUCUUGCCUGAUGAGGUGGACUUUGGAAAGUACAACUUUAUACUUCAUGACUAAGAACUGUCAAAGGACCAGCUUGAUCCAGUUUUGUCUUGACAUCAGUUUUUCUUUUUUAUUUACUUUCUUUGGGUAUCACUUGUACUAUAGUGUUAUAUGCUGCUGUCUUUUGUCCUGACUACAUAGAUUUCAUUCCAGGCCAAUACCUGAACACUCAGCCAAAGCCGGUUCCAAGUCCAAAAAAACAAAACAAAACACACCAUUAAUAUUGCCCUCAAUGGUUUUAUCCAUGGUUAGUACAAAUGUAGGAUUUCAAUUUUUCCUGUUUGAAACCUUACUGUUUCAUCGUCUUUUGGAUAUGAAGUCUGAUUACAUGAUCCUGUGUAUUGUCACUUUGUUGAAAAGAUGGACUCACACGUUCACAUUACAAAACAAAACCACAUGCCAUCCUCCUCCAUUAUAGAUGUUAACUAUAAUUCCAAAUGCAUGUCACUAUCAUUGUUAUCACUUCAAUAGCCUAUCAUUGUUUAAUAGCAAUAAAGCCCUGUUAGAGAGCGAGCAUGCUUCUUUAAUUUUAA